AUGGCCAAAUGGCGAUGUUUGAGACGGGAGGUCACUCCAAUGUCAAGACUUGUGAUGGCUAGAAGGAAUGAUGUUGCAAUAGUUGUUGCUUUGGAAGCAAUGGCCCAAGCUUUAGAGAACCAAUCGAAUGGUGGUGAGAAUGCUAUUUCUCGGAAUGCUUGUGGCAAGAAGGAAAUUGAAUUCCUUGACCUGAAACAAGAGAACAAAUCUGUUGUGGAAAGUUUGAUUAAGAAGGCAAUAAGUUACCAGAAGAUUCGUAUCUUUGCUGAUUUGGUUGAUUGUUGUCAGAUCUAUGGGGAAGACAACAGUGCUCAUUAUCGUGUGAUAAAUGAGAAGAGGGAAAAAAGUCAACAAGGUCGUGGUAAGCCUUAUGAAGCUCAGAGUAGAAAGGGUAAGCAGAAAGCGGUUGAGGGUAAGAGAACUAGUAGAGGAGAUGCUCCUACUGGUAUUGUAUGCUUCAAGUGUGACAAGGUUGGUCACAAGAGCACUGUGUGUACUGCUGGUACCAAGAGAUGUUCCGCUGUGGUAAGAUUUGACAUGAAGCACCUAAAUGCAAGCAUAAAAAGAUGGUAUGUUUCAACUAUGGUGAAGAAGGCCAUAUUGGGAGCAAGUGUCGAAAGCCCAAGAAGGAGCAAUCUAAUGGGAAGAUUGGAUCUUGUGUUAUCUGCUAUGAACGAAGAAAUGGUUGCCGAUACUCCGGCUAAGGGUUCAGUCACUACUUCUCUUUCUAUGAGGUUUUCUUCUCUUGAAGAGGAAAGCUUAGAGUUGUUAUCGGCCAGACAAUUUUGUUUAUUGAUGAAAGAAGAUGUGCUGGUGUUCGCGUUGGUUGCUUCGAUGUCUGUUGAGAAUCAAGCGGUACUAGAAAGGUUGAAGGUGAGAGAGGUUGAGUUCUCUAUUGAUCUUGUACUUGGUACUAGACUUGUGUCUAUGGCGCCGUACAAGAUGUCUGCUUUAGAGUUGUCUGAAUUGAAGAAGCAAUUGGAAGAGUUGCUUGAAAAGAAGUUCGUGAGACCUAGUGUGUCACCGUGGGGAACUCCGGUGUUGUUGGUUAAGAAGAAUGAUGGAAAUAUGAGGCUUUACAUUGAUUAUUGUCAGUUAAAUAAGGUGACAAUCAAGAACAAAUAUCUACUUCCAAGUAAUUAG